GUUACUUUCUCUCAUCAGUCUAUCCCUGGUGGCUUUCCCUUCCUGCCUGCUGUCUGUUGCCUGCUCCCAGGUGAGCACUUCUCCCUUUGUUACACUAAGUUUAAGGAGCAGAGAAGAAGAGGAGGGAGAAGAGGGAGGAUCUCUGUGUCAGCCAGUGGAUGUCAGUGCCUCUGCAUGGAUCUCUCUCUUUGCCAGUGUGUGUGAACACAGCAGCAUGCACUCUGAUGAUAGGUGACAACGAUCUGCCCCCAUUCCCCACCUGCACUCAGCCAAGGAGGACUAAGGGGGGGGGGAAAUCCUGCCUUGCGCAAGCCAGGAUUGACUUGCUGCCUGGACUGCCAGCUCUCACCUUCACCUCGCUGAUUUGCACUGGCAGGCUUUGAGAGAAGCAGCAGAGAGCCAUGAAUCCGGACUUCAGGAGCUGGGUACUUGCCACUGUCACCCUGCUAGUGGUCUUCCUCAUCCUGGCUGACAUCUCAGAGCUGGAGCAGGAGAUGGGGAGCACUGGAGGGAGAGGCACAAUCAGAUCAGCUGUGGAAAGCUUACAUAGCAAAUCUAAUAGAGCGGAGUUAGCAAUAAACGACUCUUCUGCCCUGACUGGUACAGAGAGGAGCCGUGACAACGUCAAAUCCAAUAUUAGACCACCAAUAGCUAAAUGGAGACACAAUCAGACAUUGUCAAUGAAAAUCAGGAAACAAAUACUACAUUUCUUAGAUGCUGAAAGGGAUAUCUCAGUCUUGAAGGGAACAUUGAAACCGGGUGAUAUAAUCCAUUAUAUCUUUGAUAGAGACAGCACCAUGAAUAUAUCGAAAAACUUAUAUGAACUUUUACCUAGGACUUCACCUCUGAAAAACAAAAACUUUAAAACAUGUGCCAUUGUUGGAAACUCUGGAAUUUUACUCAACAGCGGCUGUGGAAAAGAGAUUGACUCCCAUGACUUUGUCAUAAGAUGUAAUCUUGCACCCGUUGAAGAAUAUGCCAAGGAUGUUGGCACAAAGACUCAUCUUGUAACCAUGAACCCUUCAGUGGUCCAGCGUGCCUUUGAGGAUCUUGUCAAUGAUACGUGGAAAGAGAAAUUUAUGCAGCGUCUGAAAAGCUUAAAUGAAAGCAUUUUGUGGAUCCCAGCAUUUAUGGCCAAAGGGGGUGAAGAACGAGUAGAAUGGGUGAACGACCUUAUUAUCAAACACCAUAUCAAUGUGCACACGGCUUACCCUUCCCUACGUCUACUCCAUGCAGUAAGAGGAUACUGGUUGACCAACAAGGUGCACAUAAAACGACCUACAACGGGGAUUCUAAUGUACACAUUGGCUACGCGGUUUUGCAACAGGAUAUACCUAUACGGCUUCUGGCCUUUCUCCCGAGAUCUCCACCAAAACCCUGUAAAGUAUCACUACUACGACAGCCUAAAAUAUGGCUACACAUCGCAAGCAGGACCACACACGAUGCCGCUGGAAUUUAAGGCUCUAAAAAACCUACAUCUCCAGGGAGCUUUGAAACUUAAUGUUGGAGAAUGUGAAUCAGCAACAUAGCACCUUAUGAAACAUUAUGCUUUCUUCAAUAAGAACUGGUGGUACGAAGGAUUAUUUCAAAGACAAUUGCCCUGAUCAAACUAAAUAUGGAAAAGUAUUAUUGGGAGAUGCGUGUAGACCAAAAGAUAAAAAAAAAAAAGAUAAAAAGAAACAAUGGCUUGGUGAAGUGGACUGAACAAGAGAGCUAGACACAUAGAGUUAUGGAUCUGUGUCCCUGGAUAGCCUAGCACACGCAACUGUGAUGAUGUUCGCCUUCUUGCUACAAAGAGUAGUACUAGCAACACAACAACACAAACAAGCUAGAAUGAAUACGGUGCUAUUAUAAAAGUAUAACAAUAUGAAUUAUAUGAGCUGUUAUGAGAAUUAGACCAGAAAAGUUUUUAUUAUAUUGGUUGAUGAUGUUAUUUCUCAACUGAAAAAGAUGAAUGGAGACAAUCAUUUCAUAGUAAAUAAAAAGCUAACAGUAUUAAUGUCCAUAAACAUAAAUAUGUUGUUUUAGGCAUACAUUUGCAUUGGAACAACACGUUUUUCCAAAAACAUUUAUUAAUAGGUGCAUUAGGCUACUUCCCAUAAAUAAAGCUAAGAAGGUGCAACCUUACUUCACUCUAACUUCAAACUUUUUUUUAAUUGAUUGACGUUCGUUAGAUCUUGGGGCAGACUUGAUGUAAAUUGGGGCAGACUCAAUGGACCACUUGGUCUUACUUCUGACGUUACUGUUUUAUGUUUCUAUGUUUCUAGAAGCAGAAAAGUUUCAGUAGGUCUCAUGUAAAGUGGAUAUGCCUAGUAGAGUGGGGCGAGGCUUAUGUUUAGGUCCCUAGAGGUGCAAGUUAUAUAGUUUUACUCUUUAAACUAAAUUAUGGUGAGCUCAUAUAGACCAGAUGUCUCGAAAUACUUUACCUACACUUAAGAGUAAGCCUCAAAUGUUGCUUUUACUGCUUCUUUGGGCAAGCAUUGGUUUGUGCCUAUACAUUUCAGCAGUUGAUGUGUAUCAAAGACGGUAACCAGAAGUGCAACUAUGUAUUUAUAUUUGAGAUAGGGAUUAUACAGGAUUUAUGUGAUGCGUAAGUUAUAUUACUGUAUAUAAUUGGAUAAGAUGUUCACCAGUCAGGAAACAGUCCAUAUUCCAUAAUGCAGUUGUCACUCUUUUUUAUAGGAUAGGUCUUAGGUGAUGGUCCUGUUCUUGUAGAACAUGUUGCAGUGUCAGUAGAACUUUAGAAUACUUUCUGGAGUGGAGCAUACGUCAGAAUAUUAAAAGUGUGCCUGAUUGCUGUGCAGUUUCAGAUGUCCUGUGUAUGGUAUGGGGUCCAGUGUAGCCAAAUAAAGUCAGUUCUAGAUAAUGUCUUA